CUCUCCGAAAUCACAAAAGAGUUCCCUUACCGGGACCAAUGAGCUGAACAUCAUGGGAGCCGCCAGGCAGAUUUUGCUUCUCGGAAUUUUCUUUUGUUUAUUACCGGGUGUUUUUGGUCAAACAUUUAACUUCGCCGCUGAUCCUUUCACUUUUGACCCAUCAUGUGGACUGGAGAAUCUCAACGGCAACUGGUCUGCACAAGGCACAUUAACGAUAACUGCUGCUGAGUUGGUCGACGCUAAUCCGCAAAUCAGCAUACAGACGACAUCUGAGCUGUGCACAGUGGACAUCUCUAACUGUAAUGUCACUUCACCCUCAACGAUUGACGCCUGCUAUUGUACCGGCCGAACUGGCGACGUGUACACUCUGUUCGUGAGACGACGGGCCAGGUCUUCUCAAAGUGGAGCAAGUCUGACAGCUGUUGUGAUACCCUCAGACCCUUUUCUAGCAAAUCUUGCAAAAACAGACAUAGGAACUCUGCCUCUCAUAUACA